AUGGGAGACGUCGCCGUGGAGAGCCCGGCGAACAACGUCACGCCUUAUACCAAGUCAGCUCCAUUGGACACUAUUCCCAACAUAGAAUCCAUCGAGGGCACGGCAAAUGAUGGAGGUGAUGAAUACGCCACGCUUAAGAAACUCCAAAGACACCUAGAGUACAUUCAACUACAGGAGGAGUACAUCAAGGAUGAGCAACGGAGCUUGAAGAGAGAGCUUGUUCGCGCACAGGAGGAAAUCAAGCGGAUACAGAGUGUUCCCUUGGUCAUUGGCCAGUUCAUGGAAGCUAUUGAUCAGAAUACUGGGAUUGUGCAGUCGUCGACCGGUUCGAAUUAUGUCGUCCGUAUCUUGUCCACGCUCGAUCGCGAAAAGCUCAAGCCGUCAUCCUCGGUCGCCCUCCAUCGCCACUCCAAUGCCCUCGUUGAUAUCCUCCCCCCGGAGGCAGACUCUUCUAUUGCCAUGCUUGGCGAAAACGAGAAGCCGGAUGUGUCGUACGCGGAUGUUGGUGGUCUUGACAUGCAAAAGCAGGAGAUCAGGGAGGCGGUCGAACUGCCUUUGACGCACUUCGACCUCUAUAAACAAAUUGGUAUUGACCCCCCUCGUGGUGUCCUGUUAUACGGCCCCCCCGGUACCGGUAAGACCAUGCUGGUCAAGGCAGUGGCCAACAGCACGACCGCCAGCUUUAUUCGCGUCAACGGUUCCGAGUUCGUCCAGAAGUAUUUGGGAGAAGGACCUCGUAUGGUCCGUGACGUAUUCAGAAUGGCCCGGGAGAACUCUCCCGCGAUUAUCUUCAUCGACGAAAUCGAUGCCAUCGCCACCAAGCGUUUCGAUGCCCAGACAGGUGCCGACCGUGAAGUUCAGCGAAUUCUGCUGGAGUUGCUGAACCAGAUGGAUGGUUUCGAACAGUCGAGCAACGUCAAGGUCAUCAUGGCCACCAACCGAGCAGAUACCCUGGAUCCCGCCUUGCUGCGUCCGGGUCGUCUGGAUCGUAAGAUCGAAUUUCCGUCGCUGCGUGACAGACGGGAACGUCGCUUGAUCUUCUCGACCAUUGCUUCCAAGAUGUCUCUUUCCCCGGAAGUUGACUUGGACUCCCUGAUCGUGCGCAACGAGCCCCUGUCGGGUGCCGUUAUUGCUGCUAUUAUGCAAGAGGCCGGCCUCCGGGCUGUGCGAAAGAACCGGUACAACAUCAUCCAAUCCGAUCUCGAGGACGCCUAUUCCGCCCAGGUCAAGACGGGCCAGGAAGCAGACAGGCUGGAGUUCUACCGCUAA